AUGGCUCAUGAGCUCAAAGCUGGCGGAGGUGCCAGCGAAGUCACUCGCUCCCUCUCCAACGUCGACCCCAUCAUCAGCGGCCAACUCGUCAAGCUAUUCCAGUCUCUGGCCGAUAGAGAAGACAAGACCUGGAGCAAGGAGAGACUUACCUCCUUCAUCAGAGAUGUUCAACAAGAUAACUCUUCACCCGCUGUCCAAGAACUUCUCGCCAGAGACCACCUCGAUCUGGAUGGCUUCAUGGCCUGGAUGACGUCGUCUCAUGCAGCUGCUACAACCCCGCCUAAACCCCAAGAUCUCUCAUAUCCCCUUGCUUCCUACUUCAUCAGCUCCAGCCACAACACCUAUCUCACCGGAAACCAACUCUCGAGUGACAGUUCGACCAGGCCUUAUACCGAAACUCUGCUGCGGGGUGGGCGCUGUAUCGAGAUCGAUGUUUGGGAUGGCGAUGAGUCUGAUCCUGAGGGCACGAGUAGUCCUUCCAGCAGCGAUGAGGAGAGAGGUGUGAAAAAGGUUGUAAAGAAGACAAAGAAGAGAAGCACUUUUGGAAAGCUCAAAGAGAAGCUCGCAAAGACGAGUCUUCGUGAUAAGGAUGAGUCCUCCGACCCCGCCUCCGGCCAACAGCCCGCUCCCGACGCCGAUCCCGAGUCUACGGAGCCCGAAGCCGCUGUCGUUGAGCCCCGUGUGCUCCACGGCUACACCCUCACCAAGGAGAUUUCCUUCCGGGCUGUCUGUGAGGCCAUUCGUGAGAGCGCCUUUGUCGUUAGCGACUUGCCCGUCAUCGUCUCUCUUGAAGUCCACUGCAAACAGGACCAGCAACUUGCCAUGGUCCGCAUUAUGAAGGAAGUCUGGGGCGAUCUUCUCGUCCCUGAGCCCGAGAACGAACCUGAUGCUCUACCCAGCCCAGAUGAGCUGCGUCGAAAGCUCAUCGUCAAGGUCAAGUAUGUACCACCUGGUGCAGAUGCCACUCAAGAGGAGAGUGAGGAGGAGGACAGGGCGCCAGCCCCUGGUGCCCAGGCUGGUGAUGCUCCACCAAAGAAGCCGGCAAAGAUUAUACAGGAGCUGAGUCGUAUGGGGUUCCAUGCGCGAGGUGUGUCUUUCAAGAGCUUGACACAGCCAGAAGCUGGCAUGCCCACACACAUCUUUUCCCUGUCUGAGAAGAAGGUCAUUGAUGUGCACGAGAAGCAAGCAUCUGAUCUGUUCAACCACAAUCGACACUUCCUCAUGAGAACUUAUCCUUGGGGCCUGCGAAUAGGAUCAUCCAAUCUCGACCCUUCUGUUUUCUGGCGCAAGGGUAUUCAGAUCGUUGCGCUCAACUGGCAGCGGUGGGAUGAGGGCAUGAUGCUUAACGAAGGCAUGUUUGCUGGAACAGGAGGAUAUGUCCUCAAACCUCAAGGCUAUCGUCCCAAUCGCAACGACGAAGAAACCGAAAACACCAUCAUCCGGAAAUCGCUCCAUCUCACAAUCACAGUCCUCGCCGCUCAAAACAUUCCCCUCCCACCAGGCGACACCUCUACCAGAGGCUUUGAGCCCUACGUCAAAGUCGAGCUUCACGUCGAAGGACCUGAUGAAUUCCACGGCGGCCCUGUCCCUAAUGAAGGACACGAACGCGAGGGUGAAUACAAGGCCCGCACGAAGACACACCGUGGCAACAUGGUUGACUUUGCUGGUGAACGUCUCGAAUUCCCCCCUGUGCCUCAUGUCGUCGAUGAACUCUCAUGGGUGCGAUUUACAGUGCGUGAUGAUGAGAUUGGGAGGGAUGAUUUGGCGGCGUGGGCUUGUAUGAGGCUUGAUAGGCUGGGUAAUGGGUACCGGUUUGUGCAUCUCAUGGAUUGUGAGGGUCGCAUCACGGAUGGUGCGAUUUUCAUCAAGGUUGAUAAGAAGUUGGUUUAG